GUGCGAGGGGAGCCCGGAGGACCGCGAACCAUAGAGCAGCACCUAGAGCGGCUGCCCCAGUCCUCCGCGGCAUGCUGCCUCGACUUCCGGUUUGUCACUUUCGGGCCGUGCUGGGCGGUUGGUGUGCGCAUCAUGACAACCACGACCACGAAGGUGCCCGAGGUGCGCGACGUGACGCGGAUCGAGCGCAUCGGCGCCCACUCUCACAUCCGCGGGCUGGGCCUGGAUGAUGCCUUGGAGCCUAGACAGGUCUCGCAGGGCAUGGUGGGGCAGCUAGCCGCCCGCCGUGCCGCCGGUGUCAUCUUGGAAAUGAUCAAGGAGGGGAAGAUUGCAGGCCGGGCUGUGCUCAUCGCUGGCCAGCCAGGCACGGGCAAGACUGCCAUCGCCAUGGGCAUGGCUCAGGCCCUGGGGCUGGACACCCCCUUCACAGCCAUCGCUGGCAGUGAGAUCUUUUCCCUGGAGAUGAGCAAGACAGAGGCACUGACUCAGGCCUUCCGGCGCUCCAUUGGAGUGCGCAUCAAGGAGGAGACCGAGAUCAUUGAGGGGGAAGUAGUGGAGAUCCAGAUCGACCGCCCAGCUACUGGCACUGGUGCCAAGGUGGGGAAGCUGACACUGAAGACAACAGAGAUGGAGACCAUCUAUGACCUGGGCACCAAGAUGAUUGAGUCCCUGACCAAAGAGAAAGUCCAGGCGGGGGACGUCAUCACCAUUGACAAAGCCACGGGCAAGAUCACCAAGUUGGGACGCUCCUUCACUCGAGCACGGGACUAUGAUGCCAUGGGUUCCCAGACCAAGUUUGUGCAGUGCCCAGAUGGGGAGCUGCAAAAGCGCAAGGAGGUGGUUCAUACAGUAUCGCUGCAUGAGAUUGAUGUCAUCAAUAGCCGCACCCAGGGAUUCCUGGCUCUCUUUUCAGGUGACACUGGUGAGAUCAAGUCAGAGGUGCGGGAACAAAUCAACGCCAAGGUGGCUGAGUGGCGUGAAGAGGGCAAAGCUGAGGUCAUCCCAGGGGUGCUCUUCAUCGAUGAGGUGCACAUGCUAGACAUCGAGUGUUUCUCCUUCCUCAACCGGGCGCUGGAGAGUGACAUGGCGCCUGUGCUCAUUAUGGCCACUAACCGCGGCAUUACCAGAAUCCGUGGCACCAACUAUCGGAGCCCCCAUGGCAUCCCCAUCGACCUGCUGGACCGGUUGCUCAUCAUCUCUACCUCGCCCUACAGUGACAAGGAGACCAAACAGAUCCUCAAGAUCCGGUGUGAGGAGGAGGACGUGGAAAUGAACGAGGAUGCCUACACGGUGCUGACUCGCAUUGGACUGGAGACCUCGCUGCGCUAUGCUAUCCAGCUCAUCACCGCUGCCAACCUUGUGUGCCGCAAGAGGAAGGGUACAGAGGUUCAGGUGGAGGACAUCAAGCGUGUCUACUCCCUCUUCUUGGAUGAGUCACGCUCCACCCAGUACAUGAAGGAGUAUCAGGAUGCCUUCCUCUUCAAUGAGCUCAAGGGGGAGAACAUGGACACCUCCUGAUGGACCCAGACCCCCUUCACUCCCCCUCAGCUCAGCCCUUGGCACCUGUUUUUCAAUGUUUAGGGUUUUUUGAUAAAAUAAAUUUUUUUUUUUUUGGA